CUGGUGUAGCUGCAGUCAGCUGACUUUUUAUUUAAAUGAUUGGAAGUUCUUGGUGCAGUUCUGCAGAGGACCAGGCUCUUCCAGAAGCCCCGGAUAGUGCGCUGUGAAUGUUUGUCAAAGGAACGGUCUGUGUAAGUUCAGCCCCAGUUAUAAAUUUACAGGAACUCAACUUGUGCCAUGUGAACAGCAGCAGCUACAAGAUGGCUAAGGAAUCGCUUGCUAGACAGCUCUGCCAAAUCUAACAGUGGGGUAAGAGAGCUGAAUUUUCUGAGGAGGUACAGUGAGUGUCAUGUGAAGAACCGGAGGGUGUCUGAAUCCUGCUGCAUGGGUCGCCCCAGGACGCGAAGAUGAAUGCUUCAGUGGAAGAAGAGGAUGGCUGCACGCUCUGAGUUUUCUGGCAUGGAUCUGUAUGAGGAUUACAAAUCACCCUUUGAUUUCAAUGUUGGAGUGAACAGAAACUAUCUUUACCUGUCGCCUACCAUAAACCUUUCUCCACCUGGAUCACCUAUGCUGUCAAAGUCUGGGCUGCUGAGAAGUGACUCUAUACCUGAGGUUGGGGAGGAUGCCGCUGCUACAGUUGGUAUGGCAGAAACACUCUCAGAAGAAGAACAGGAUGAACUAAGGAAAGAGCUUGCUAAGGUGGAAGAGGAAAUCCAGACGCUCUCACAGGUGCUAGCUGCCAAAGAGAAGCAUCUAGCAGAAAUAAAGAGAAAGCUGGGAAUUAACUCAUUACAGGAACUAAAGCAGAACAUUACCAAAAGCUGGCAAGAUGUCACCUCAACCACAGCAUACAAGAAAACAUCAGAGACCCUGUCUCAGGCUAGUCAGAAGGCUUCUGCUGCUUUUUCAUCUGUUGGUUCAGUCAUAACCAAGAAGUUUGAAGAUGUCAGACUACAGGCAUUUUCACAUUCCUUUAGUAUACGCUCCAUACAACAUUCAAUUAGCAUGCCUAUUAUGAGAAAUUCUCCUACUUUCAAAUCCUUUGAAGAAAAGGUUGAAAACUUGAAGUCUAAAGUUGGAGGAAGACAACCUGCCGGGGGAGACUUUGGAGAAGUUCUCAACUCUGCUGCCAAUGCCAGUGCCACAGAAACUAUCGCAGAACAAACACAGGAGGAGACCCACUGAGAUUCCUGCUGCUGUCCUGCUACCACUGCCAGAUGCUGCAAGCAGAAACUAAGCACACUUGUAACAUUCUUUGCGCUCUUUCCACCAGAUGUGCUUUUAUUUAGCACGUAGCUGUUUUACCAGGUUAACUGAUACCAAGCUUUUUCGUGGGUUCAAAAUAUUUUUGAAACUAAAAUACGCUGUUUGGGGUUUUGUGUGGGAAGGGGAAUUUUUAUGCCUUUCAAGCGUUUAAAGGACUUAUCUGUAAUUUGAAGGCAACCUUUAAAAUAUAGCAAUGAAAAAACCCUCUUUUGAGAAGUUAAUUAUAUUGUACAUAUACUGUGGAUGUGUAAUUCCUUUUGAAUCUGUAACUACUUCUCAACUUAAUCAUUAUGAAUCUGCUGCUGCUGCCAAACUGAAGCUUGUGAUUAUUUAAGUGUUGCCUGCAGAGGACGUCAGACCAGGAGGAUCACGCCCAGCUAAAGAAAGGAUUUCUCCUUCUGCAGGCUUUAAAUAAGUUACUCCCAGCAGGAUUACACAUGGGUAGAAGGUACUGUCUAACAAGCGUGUUCCUCAUACAACAGAUGCAGACAGGGUAAUACAUAACAUCUAGAACUUACCCAUUUGUCUGUGGAUUAUCGACCUAGGAAGCUUCUGACCAUCACAGGUGGAAGCAAGAUGCCUAGCAGUGCUGGUUUGGUUCAGUUACAGUAAUGUUUGCAGUCUUGUUUUUUGUACAUGAUGCUAAUGUGGUAGGAUGCGCUCUGCUGAACUUCUGAUCAGUUGUGAAUAAGUUCAUCUUAAUUCACACAUGGUGGCAUCACACUUACACUAACAAAGCAUGGACUGUAAGAAUAAGCCUGAGCACGAUAGUGGUUCUUUUCGAGGCAGCAAGAGAACUGCUCUCAAAUGCUAAUGCUGUUUCCCUCGUAGGCUGACCAUUGGGAACAUUUGCUACACUGUCUUACUCUUUGUACGUGUUCAAGGCCCUGUUCCUGUUUAAGGCUCCAGAAAUCUGUCGCAGCGCAGUGUAGCUCUCCUACACGAUCUGUUCUCCUAUAAGAUCUUUCUCCUACGUGUUGCUUUAGCUGAUGUACUCUUCAACUCUCUUCUAUGUUGUAUGUGUCUGGCACACAGCGUUGGUACGGUUAGAACUGGAAACAAGUUUUGAAAACAGUUGUGUGAAAUUCAUGAAACUUUUAACCUGCCACAAAGGUCUGGAGGAAAAAAAGUUGGCUCCUGACAACCUUGUGUGUCAGAUGUAGUAACUAUGCUUAAUUACAUGUGAGAAGCUUAAUAAAAACAUGUAUGUGAGGAAUGUAUUUUCCUGUGACUA